GUUUUGAUGGACAUCUGGCUUUAUUCUUGCAAUGAAUAAAGGUCCUCAACAAAGAAUAUUCUCCAGAGAAAAGGUACCACCAUCAUCUCACACUCCUAGUCCAUCAUCUCCUAUGUCCAAUAUGAGAUCAAGAUCACUUUCACCAUUAAGUGAACCAGAGACUCUGCCUUUUCGUUCUGGAGGACAACAGUGUGAGCAAGUUGACACAUCAGAAGAAAGCAGUAUGCAUUUGUACUACAAAGACCAUAAAGAAGCUGGUUCACAUGUAGGAGUCCGGUAUAUUACUGAGGCCCUUGUUAAAAAGCUUGGUAAACAGGACAACCUAGCCUUGGUAAAAUCUCUAAACCUUUCACUUUCUAAAGGUGGUGGCAAGAAAUUUAGGUAUAUUGAAAAUCUGGAAAAAUGUGUUCGACUUGAAGUACUGAAUCUGAGCUAUAACCUCAUUGGGAAGAUUGAGAAAUUGGAUAAGCUGUUAAAAUUACGUGAACUCAAUUUAUCAUAUAACAAGAUCAACAAAAUUGAAGGCAUAGAAAAUAUGUGUAACCUCCAAAAGCUAAACCUUGCAGGAAAUGAAAUUGAACAUAUUCCAGGAUGGCUAGCAAAGAAGUUAAAAUCUUUGAGAGUCCUUAAUCUGAAAGGCAACAAGAUAUCCUCGCUCCAGAAUGUAAGCAGAUUGAAACCACUUCAAGAUUUAACCUCUCUGAUCCUAAUUGAAAAUCCAAUUGUGGCUCUUCCUCAUUACCAGCAAUUUACCAUUUUCCAUCUCCGUUCAUUGGAAAGUUUGGAAGGUCAACCAGUUACCACUCAGGAUCGACAGGAGGCUUUUGAGAGAUUCAGUUUAGAAGAAGUAGAAAGACUAGAAAGAGACUUGGAAAAAAAGAUGAUGGAAACUGAAGAGCUAAAGAAUGAACAAAUAAAGUUCCUUGAGGAAAUAAAAAACCAAGAUAAACUGAACAAGUCAUUGAAAGAGGAGGCUGUGCUACAGAAACAGAACUUUGAGGAGCUAGAGAGUGACUUAAACACAAAGAAUGAAUUGCUAAAACAGAAGACUCUGGAAUUAUCCCGUGCUUGUCAGAAACAAUAUGAGCUGGAACAAGAAUUGGCUUUUUAUAAAAUCGAUGCUAAAUUUGAGCCCUUAAAUUAUUAUCCGUCAGAGUAUGUUGAAAUUGAUAAAGCCCCAGAUGAAAGCCCUUACAUUGGUAAAUCUAGAUACAAGAGGAAUAUGUUCACCACAGAAAGUUACAUUCUUGAUAAUGCCCAGCCAGUACAGAUCAGAACAAUGGCACGAGAUGAAGGGGAAAGAUUCAGAAGUGAACAAGCUAACUUGAAAGCUCAAGUGCCACUGGACACACUGGAUAUACAACUGGAAGACAAAGAAAAACAAAUAAGCACAGCACAGACUCGACUAUCAGAACUGUAUGAUGAAAUAGAAAAGGCAGAACAACAAAUUUUAAGAGCUACUGAGGAAUAUAAACAACUAGAAGAAGCUAUACAACUAAAAAAAAUUUCAGAAGCAGAGAAAGACCUUCUGUUCAAGCAAUUGAGUAGUAGGAUACAGCAUCUCAAUAAAUUACGGCAGGAAGCUCUGGAUCUUGAUGUGCAGAUGGAAAGACAAAGACAAGAAAUUGCUGAAAAACAGAAGGCUAUCAAAGAUCUGCAAAUAGUGAUAGAUAGCCUGGAUUCCAAAGACCCAAAACAUUCCCAUAUGACAGCCCAGAAAAGAAGUAAAGAACAGCAGAUUGACAUUAUGAAUAAACAAUAUAAACAACUUGAAAGCCGUCUGGAUGAGAUACUUUCUAGAAUUGCUCAGGAAACAGAAGAGAUUAAGGACCUUGAACAACAACUUACUGAAGGCCAGAUAGCAGCAAAUGAAGCCCUAAAGAAGGAUUUAGAAGGUGUAAUCAGUGGUUUGCAAGAAUAUCUGGGAUGUAUCAAGGGCCAGGCAACUCAUGCCCAGAAUGAGUGCAAGAAGCUGAAGGAUGAGAAAGAGGCAUUAUUACAGAGAUUAACCGAAGUUGAGCAGGAAAGAAACCAACUGGAAAUAGUUGCUAUGGAUGCAGAAAAUAUGAGGAAGGAGCUUGCCGAGCUAGAAACUGCCCUCCAGGAGCAGCAUGAGAUGAAUGUAUCCCUGCAGCAGACCCAGGGAGAUCUCACUGCCUAUGAGGCUGAGCUAGAGGCUCAACUGAAAAUGAGAGAUGCUGAAGCCAACCAGCUCAAGGAAGAUUUGGAAAAACUAACAAAGCUUAGCCAGUUAGAACAAUCCACCCUUCAAGCAGAACUUGAGAAGGAAAGACUAGCCCUUGAGAAUGCCCUCCAAAAAGUCCAGUUCUCAGAAGAAAAGGAACAAGAACGCAGUCAGCUCCACACACAACUUAAACAACUGCAGGAUGACAAUGACUUGUUAAAACAGCAACUUAAAGAUUUUCAGGAUCAUCUCAGUCAUGUAGUUAAUGGUUUGAUUCGUCCAGAAGAAGUGGCAGCUCGUGUGGAUGAGUUGAGGAGAAGGCUGAAGUCGGGAGCUGGGGAAACAAGAAUUGACAGUCCUUCAGAUGUCUUGGGGGAAAGCCUAGUCAAUUUACAAAAACAAUUCAGUGAAAUUCUUGCACAGUCCCAGUGGGAAAAAGAAGAAGCACAAGUUAGAGAGAAAAAACUCCAAGAAGAAAUGGUACUGCAGCAAGAGAAACUGGCCAGUGGGCAAGAAGAAUUCAGGCAGGCCUGUGAGAGAGCCCUUGAAGCAAGAAUUAAUUUUGACAAGAGGCAACAUGAAGCAAGAAUUCACCAGUUGGAGAAUGAAAUUCAUUAUUUGCAAGAAAACCUUAAAAGUAUGGAGGAAAUCCAAGGCUUUACAGAUCUCCAGCUUCAGGAAGCUGAUGAUGAGAAGGAGAGAAUUCUCACCCAACUUCAAGAGCUAGAGAAAAAGAAGAAACUGGAAGAUGUCAGAUCCCAGGAGCAAUUUCUUAGUUUAGAUAAGGAAUUGAAGCAACUAAAGAAAGCUGUGGCUGCCUCUGAUAAACUAGCCACAGCUGAACUCACCAUUGCCAAGGACCAGCUUAAGUCCCUCCAUGGAACUGUUAUGAAAAUUAAUCAGGAGAGAGCUGAGGAGUUGCAGGAAACCGAGAGGUUCAGCAGAAAAGCAACACAAGCAGCUAGGGAACUGACCCGAGCAGAAGCAGAAAUUGAACUCCUGCAGACUCUUCUUAGGAACAGAGAGAAUCAGUUUCAAAUGGAGAUGGAGAAAGCAGAUGCAGGCACCGUAGUGGCAAACUCACACAUGUUAGAAAUCAAUAAGCUCAAUGAGACAAUGGAGAGACAAAGGACAGAGAUUGCAAGGCUUAGAAAUUUACUGGACCUCACAGGGGCUGAUAACAAAGGAGGCUUUGAAAAUGUUCUGGAGGAAAUUGCUGAACUCCGUCGUGAAGUUUCUCAUCAGAAUGAUUACAUCAGCAGCAUAGCGGAUCCUUUCAAAAGACGAGGCUAUUGGUACUUUAUGCCGCCACCACCAUCAUCAAAAGUUUCUAGCCAUAGUUCCCAGGCCACCAAGGACUCUGGUGUUGGCUUAAAGUGCACAGCCUCAACUCCUAUGAGGAAACCACAUCCUGGGCAGCAGGAUGGGAAGGAAGGAAAUGGACCUCUCCCUGCCUCAGGAUACUGGGUUUAUUCUCCAAUCAGAAGUGGGCUAUAUAAGUCUUUUUCAAAUCGAGAUGAACCCAGUGAAGGAGAUAGCCAUGAAGAGAGUGACCUGGAUGACCAAGAAGAACCUCCAUUUGUGCCUCCACCUGGAUACAUGAUAUAUACUGUCUUUCCAGAUGGUUCUCCUGUGCCUCAGGGCAUGGCCGUUUAUGCACCACCUCCUCCCUUGCCUAACAAUAGCAGGCCUCUUACCCCUGGAACAGUUGUCUAUGGCCCUCCUCCUGCUGGAGCCCCCAUUGUGUAUGGGCCUCCACCUCCCAACUUCUCAGUCCCCCUUAUUCCCAUGGGUGUGCUUCACUGCAAUGUCCCAGAGCACCAUAACUUAGAGAAUGAAGUUUCUAGAUUGGAAGAAAUAAUACAGCAUUUAAAAUCAAAAAGACGGGAAGAAAGGUGGAUAAGAGUAUCUAAGCGGCAAUCUGAGAAAGAAAUAGAAGAGUUGCAUCAUAAUAUUGAUGAUCUUUUGCAAGAGAAGAGAGACUUAGAGGAUGAAAUAGAAGAAUUACAUUUAACCAUCCAGAAGCAUCAACAGCGAAAGGAUUUCAUUGAUGGAAAUUGUGAAAGUCUUGUUACUGAAUUAGAACUAGAAAAGUCACUCAAACACCAUGAAGAUAUUGUAGAUGAAAUUCAGUGUAUUGAAAAGACCCUUCUGAAACGUCGUGCUGAGCUCAGGGAAGCUGACCAACUCCUGGCUGAGGCAGAGAGUGAACUUUCAAGCACAAAAGAGAAAACAAAAAAUGCUAUGGAGAAGUUCAGUGAUGUCAAGAGAAAUUUGUUGCAAACUGAGUCAGAUGCCGAAGAGUUAGAAAGGAGAGCUCAGGAAACUGCCAUUAACCUUGUCAAAGCUGAUCAGCAGCUAAGAUUGCUUCAGGCUGAUGCAAAGGAUUUGGAGAAGCACAAAAUUGAGCAAGAAGAAAUCUUGAAAGAAAUAAAUGAAGUUGUAGCAGCAAAAGAUUCAGAUUUCCAGUGUUUAAACAAGAAGAAGGAAAAGCUGACAGAAGAGCUUCAGAAAUUGCAAAAAGACAUCGAGACUGCAGAACGUAAUGAGGACCACCACCUGCAAGUCCUUGAAGAAUCUGAAACCCUCCUUCAGGUCAAACGAUCAGAGCUGGAAAAGCUAAGGACCCAGGUGACAAAUCAGCAGCAGGAGCUGGCUGACUUGGACAAACAAAUAGGGCAUAAAAAGGAAGAGUUGCAUUUACUCCAAGGAAGCAUGGUCCAGGCAAAAGCUGAGCUCCAGGAAGCUCUGAGACUGGGAGAGACGGAAGUAUCUGAGAAGUGUAGUCACAUCAGGGAAGUAAAAUCUCUUUUGGAAGAACUGAGUUUUCAGAAAGGAGAACUGAAUGUCCAGAUUAGUGAAAAAAAGACUCAACUUGCACUUAUAAAACAGGAUAUUGUAAAAGAGGAAGAAAAUCUUCAGGUAGUUUUAGGACAAAUGUUUAAGCAUAAAACUGAAUUAAAGAAUAUUCUGGACAUGUUGCAACUUGAAAACAGUGAGCUACAAGGCUUAAAGCUACAGCAUGAUCAAAAACUGUCUGAGUUAGAGAAGAUGCAAGUUGACGUGCUAGAGGAGAAACUGGAAUUAGAGAACUUGCAGCACAUAACCCAGCGACAGAAAGGAGAAAUAGAGCGGCAGAAGCAACUCUUUGAGAAGGACAAAAGGGAAAUAGAGCGAAUGACUGCUGAGACCCGAUCCUUACAAGUGUGCAUUGAGUCUCUGACCAAAGAAAAGGAAGAUCUUGAAGGGAAAUGUGACCUCUGGGAUAAAAAGUUGGCACAAACCAAAAGAGCUUUGGCAGCUACAGAAGAAAACAGCAAAACAGAGCAGACAAACCUAGAAAAGUUGGAAUUAAAUGUCAGAAAACUGCAUCAGGAGCUAGACCAACUCAACAGAGACAAGCUGUCACUACAUAAAGACAUUUCAGUAAUGCAGCAACAGCUACAAGAGAAACGAGAAGAAAUAAAUUCACUCCAGGAGGAACUAACUCAUGUCCAAGACCACCUGAGCCUAGCAGAACAGGAUCUGCUCCACACCACCAAGCAUCGGGACAAACAUCUUAGUGAGCAGACCAGGCUGCAAAAGGACAUCAGUGAACAGAAAAAAAAGUUUGAAGACUGUCAGAAAGAAAGGGAGACAAAACAGCAACAACUUCAGCUGCUUCAGAAUGAGAUUGAAGAAAACAAGCUGAAGCUAGCUCAGCAAGAAACGAUGUUUCAAAAACUCCAGAAAGAGAGAGAAAGUGAAGAGGAAAAAUUAGAAGCCAGUAAAGUGACUUGGAAGGAGCAGCAGCAGCAGCUGGAAAAGGAGUUAACAGAGCAGAAUAGCAAACUGGAACAGGUGCUCACACAAGUAUUGGUGGCUGAAGAGCGUGUCAGAACUCUGCAGGAAGAGGAGCGGAGGAGUGAAACUCUGGAGAAGAUGCUCUCCCACACCAAACAACAGCUUUCAGAGCGGGAGCAGGAAUUAAUGGAAAAGUCAAAUGAGCUUCAGACUGUCCAGAAAGAGAUAGACUCUAUGAGGGCAGACUUCAGUCUCCUGCGGAACCAGUUCUUGACAGAAAGAAAGAAAGCCGAGAAGCAGGUUGCUAGCCUCAAGGAAGCCCUUAAAACCCAGCGGAGCCAGCUGGAGAAAAACCUUCUUGAGCAAAAACAAGAGAAUAGCUGCAUGCAGAAGGAAAUGGCAACAAUUGAACAAGUGGCCCAAGACAACCAUGAGCGGGCUAGACGCCUGAUGAAGGAGCUUAUCCAGAUGCAGCAUGAGUAUGCGGAGCUUCAGAAACAGAUGGCAAGCCAAAAAGAUCUGGAGAGAAGACAAAUGGAAAUCAGUGAGGCAAUGAGAAAUCUUAAAUCUGAGGUGAAAGAUGAAAUCAGAACCAGCCUUAAGAAUCUCAACCAGUGUCUUCCAGAACUACCAGCAGAACUUGAGGCUAUUUUUGAAAGAAAUGAAAACUUAAGAGAGUUGGAAAGCUUGAAAGAGAACUUUCCAUUUACCAUUAAUGAAAGACCUUCUGAAGAAAAACGGAACUUUUCCCAAGUUCACAUAAUGGAUGAACAGUGGCGUGGGGAAGCCCUCCGAGAGAAGUUGCGUCACCGUGAAGAUAGACUCAAGGCUCAACUUCGGCACUGUAUGUCCAAACAAGCAGAAGUAUUAAUUAAAGGGAAGCGGCAGACAGAAGGCACUUUACACAGUUUGAGGCGGCAAGUUGAUGCUUUAGGCGAGCUGGUCACCAGCACUUCUGUAGAUUCCACUUCCUUAUCAUCCACUCUGUCUCUGGUAGAAUCUUCCCUUGCUGAGGACCUUGGACAAAACCAGGAAAAGACUGGCUCAGUCAGACGUGGAAUACUGUCGCAUGAAUAUGACGAAAUAAAUACCUUCUCCACUACCUCAUGA